AUGCCCGCCAUCACGCUCCCCUCCGUACCCCAUUGGACACCAGCUCCCGUUACCACUGAGGCUCUUCAGUGGGCCGAUCUUGAGGUCAUUGAUCUUUCAAAAGCCAAGACUGCGGAUGGACGAGCUGAACUUGCCAUUAAAGCACGAGAUGCGAUGCAUACACAAGGAUUCUUCUACGUUAUCAAUCAUGGGUUGGAGAAAUCGCAGACUGAGCGGAUAUUUGACAUCGCUGCUGUGCCCUUCGACGGCGUGGCGCCAGAGGAGCAGAAGGCGUAUGUUGCAGAUAUGAAAGCAGCAGGAGAGUUCGAAGGUUACAAGCCCUUACAGUACUGGGCAAGUCACAUCGACAACGGAGUCCGUGAUCGUAUGGAGCAAUACAAUUUCAAUCGCAAUGUUCACUACAAGGAACAUCCUCAAGCGAUUCGCCCACUGUUGCCUGAAAUACAGGAGUUCAUCAGGUUCAACCACGAGGAAGUACUUCAUGAGCUUGAAAGGCUCCUUGCUUUGGGUCUGGAGCUUCCGGAGGAUACCUUAACGCACAUCACCUCCUUCGAACAGAACAACAACGGUUAUUUUCGGUUCAUGAGAUAUCACCCUCGACCAGAGGAGGAGGAAGUGCGGAGCGGUAAUUUAUGGUUGAAGGGUCACACUGACGCGGGUGCCGCCACGAUACUUUGGAGUCAAGAAGUUGCUGCCCUCCAAAUCAGAAACCACGAGGAUAGUGAAUGGCGUUGGGUUAAACAUAUUGAGAACGCCUUAGUCGUGAAUUGCGGUGACGCGCUGACAAUGCUCAGCGGAGGCUACUACAAGUCUGCCAUUCAUAGGGUAGUGCAACCUCCAUCGGACCAACGUGGUUACCAAAGGCUUGGAGUAUUCUACUUCGCCUCAUUCGACGACGACGUCCCCCUGAAGCCACUCGAAGAAAGCCCUGUUCUCCAGCGCAACGGACUCUCAACACCUGCGGAGAAAAGAGCGCCCCUGAUGGGCGAGUGGCGAAAGGCGAGGGUUGCUGCAUACGGCACGAGUGAACUGAAGAAGAGUGCUAAGAAGGGUGUUGAGGAAGAGUUUAUAAACGGCAUUCCAGUCAAGCAUUACGCUUGA